UACGGCUCUGCUCGACCUAUAUAAGAGAGUUCUAUAUAUAAUUCCAUGGGAACUCAGUUGGCCUCUGGAUCAUCGCCCCGUUGUAGGUCUAUCAAUUUGAUUUUUGAUAUUUGAUUUCUUUCUCAUCUGGGUUUGCUGUUUCUUCCCUCAACUUGUUCAUAAUUUGGCAUCAACAGGAAAAAAAUGUCAACUUGUUUGCAAAUUUGGUCAUGUUGGUUAGUGACUCUACUGGUGGCUUUAACCCUUCCGAGUUCACAAGCUCAUGUAAAGAAUGAAAAUGGUUUGAAAACUUCUGUCUUUUUAUCACCUAAGUUUGAACUUGGACCGGGAUCAGUGGUGAACAAAUUCUACUACGACAUUGACUUUCCAAGAGGUCAUAUUGCUCUCAAGAGUUUCAAUGCAGAAGUAGUUGAUGAGGCUGGAAACUCUAUCCCCCUUCAUGAAACUUAUCUUCACCACUGGGUUACAUUCAGAUACCAUCAUCGUAAAGGUGUUGAAGUUCCUAAAUACAAUGGCAACCUGGGUUUUCACCAGUCCGAUAUUCUCAUGGUGAGAAAUUCUGGACCAUGUGCGAAUGGUCUUGGGCAAUAUUUUGGCCUUGGAUCUGAAACAAGAAGAACAGCCACACAAGUGCCCGAUCCUUAUGGUAUAGAAGUUGGUAAUCCAGCUGAAAUUCCUCCUGGAUAUGAGGAGAGAUGGAUGAUGAAUGUCCAUGCAAUUGACACAAGGGACGUAGAAGAUAAGUUGGGAUGUACAGAGUGCAGGUGUGAUCUCUAUAAUGUCACAAUAGAUGAAUAUGGUCGUCCUUUAAGGCCAGGUUACAUAGGUGGCUUGAAAUGCUGCCAUGAUGAGACACAAUGCAGGCUUAGAGAGGGCUUUGAGGGUGCCAGGAGAGGCCUUUACAUGAGAUAUACAGUUAAAUGGGUUGAUUGGGAUACUUCCAUUGUGCCUGUUAAAAUUUAUAUUUUUGAUGUGACUGAUAUGUGGAAAAAAUUGGAUUCUGGAUCGGGUAAUAAACAUUUUUGCCUGGUUGAGUAUGAUGUUGUAUCUUGCUCGUCAACAGAUUUAACUAAUGAUAGCUGCACUGACACCAGGAGAGUAAGCCUGGCUAUGCCAAAAGGCGGUACUGUUGUCUAUGCUGUUGCACACCAGCACACAGGAGGAAUUGGUUCAACUCUUUAUGGAGAGGAUGGACGGAUCAUAUGCUCUUCAAUACCAACUUAUGGAGAUGGGAUUGAAGCAGGAAAUGAGAGUGGUUAUAUUGUUGGAAUGUCCACCUGUUAUCCUCGUGCAAACUCUGUAAAGAUAUCUGAUGGGGAGACUCUCGUCUUGGAAUCUAAUUACAGUAGGAAGCAGAGGCAUACUGGAGUCAUGGGACUGUUCUACCUUUUGGUUGCCGAUGCAGAACCGAAGCCCAAUUCUUCUCUUCAUGUUCCAUCUGAGUGAUGCACCUGUCAUAGCACUGAUGGGGACACACUGGAUAAUUGCAACCGUGAGGCUUUCGAGGCGACUUACUCUCAUUUGUGUGUAUUUUGAGUCAUUGAGCCGCAAUGUCAGCUGAUUCAAUUUCCCUGAAGUUGUUAGCAGAAUAAGGAUUUCAACUUCCAAUAGAAUAAGUGACCCAUGGUCCCAAUAAAUCUGCUUUGUCUUCUACACUAACAAUUCACUGCUGAAUGAUCAAAAUAAGAGAAAGCUGUUUGAGAAGGCAAUAACAUUGUUGAGCCUGUUUGAACGGGGUGGCCCGUACCCUGGGGGCUGUUAUGUUAGUUGAAUAUUGGGCCAAUGUAAUAGGUUGUAGGCCUUGAUUAGUAGGUUGUAGGCCUUGUGUAAAUAAAGGCCCACAAUAAGCAUAGCUGGAGGAAUGUUCCAGCAUGCUACUGGGCAAGUUGUUAAACGAGUGGGUGGGAUAACCAUUUUUGGCAUCCAUUUAGGCCAUAGAUCAGUAUAAAAGCAACUGAUCUAAGCCUACCCCACAUGUUGAAUGAAAUUUGAAAAUUAGUUUCCCUCUCAA